UACCUGAUUUAACUCCCGGCACUCUCGCCAGCCAUCCUCUUUCCUCUCCCUUACACUUGCUGCCGUCCGACGUCACCGUCACCACUAUCGCUGCACGCCAGCCUCGUCAUUCUCUUUAUCCCAUACCCCACGAGACUGCUCCGGAGCGUCUCGUCUUGACUUGCACCAUCCGAGCUGUCCACCCGCCAAAUGUACAUCACGACGGACCAGAGCGAUCUCCUCUCCUCCUCCCGUCCUCCUUUGCCGCCGCCCUGUCCACCUCACCGGGCGGGAUAACGCGCGUCUGGCGCUGUAGAAACAAGAACAAAGGGCCCAUCCCUUGCCCGGCUUCGUCGAGGUACCACCGCGGCCGCGUCUGCGCGCCGCCGUCGCCUUUCCGAUGUUCCAGACUGCCGGGUACCCAGCGCAUCCGCCGCGCUUCUACUUCGACUAUCCACGCACGCCACAGAAGGACGGUGGUCUUGGGCAAAACUUCACGCGACACUUCUCCUACAUCGCCACUCCUCCGCGAGGCCACGCGCGCCGAGCAACAGGCGAAGCUGCGACCUUCGCAUUCUCCAGCUCUCCCAACUCCACCCCUCGCAGAGGCGCGGCUUGGUCUGUGCCAGAGUACACUGCCCCGCGAGACGACUACUACUACACCUCCGCGCAAUCGACCCCGGCGCGAAAGGCCAACUAUGUGCCCAUUUUUACCUCUUCCGCGGAGCCGAAGAAAAAGCACAAGUCGUCGCGUUCUCGUCGCUUCUCCUUCACCACCACACAGAAGACGACGCGGCCCACUGCGCAACGUCGGCCGUCCACUGCCCCCAAGCCGCCACCUCAGGCAACAGCAGAAGACGCGCGUCGCCACCGCAUCCCCGCCGGCUACUCCAUCAAAAACUGGGAUCCCACCGAAGAACCCAUCCUGCUGCUAGGCAGCGUCUUCGACGCCAACUCGCUGGGCAAGUGGAUCUAUGACUGGUCGGUCUACUUUUACGGCCCGGCGACUCCCAUGUCAGAGGUCGCGGGCGAGCUCUGGCUAUUACUCAUCCAGCUCGCGGGCAAGAUCAAGCGAGCGGAGGAGUGCCUGGACCGCAUUCGACAGCAAGGGUGGCGUGACGUUGUCGACGAGUUUCUCGAGGCCGGCGAGCGCUUGUGGCAGCGAUUCACCAAGCUGCUAAAGGUCUGCGAGGGCUACAUGUGGAAGGCGGCCAAGAAGGAGUGCGGCGGGGCUCAGCGCGUGACGAUGGGCAAGAACAGCGGCUGCGAGUUUGUGGAUUCCAUGUUCGGCCGCGAUCGCGAACUCGUGCAGACGGAGAAGUUCAUGGCCAGCGUGCGACUGUGGUCGUGGAGAUUCGACAAGAACUGCGACGAGAUCCUGCGUCACCCGACCGCUUAGGAGGCACUGGGCAUUCAGUCAUCGCGCGACACAUUUCGCGCCACCUUCUCUCUCUCUGCUUUACGGCUUUCACUGGAUUUCACUGGACUUUCGCUGGGAUGGGACAGUAUUUGAUUCACUUCAUUGGGUAUUUGCGGCGCUUUGCAGGCUGUAUGGCUAGGACCUUGGGGCAUAUCAAGAGCGCAUCAUGGUUUUGGGGCAAGCGGUCAUGUACUCUUCACUGGGCGGCGAUUCCGGGGGCUUGGGCUUCAUCACGGAAUAUACCCUUUUGUUUUCGAUUUGCGCGCAGUUAGUGGGCUUUGUAUGUAUAUCUGCAGAGAAGGGGGGGUGUAUUUGUAUUGAGAU